UAGCUACGUCAAAGAUUACCGACUUGUCGUCAUUGACCUCAGGUUUAUAGCUAUAGUUCCAACUUCUGAAUGGUAUAUAAAUGAUAUGAAAAGCUAUCUAGAUACCAGACUUACAUAAUAGUGCAUCUUUGAAGCAUACAAAUACAAGGUAAAACAUGAACACUCUUGUAAUUAUUGGCGCCUUAUCGGUGUUAUGCUGUGUUUACGCUCAGUCAUACAGGAGGGAGAGACAGAGAUUUGACAACGACAUGUUUGAUCGCUUUAGUGGUUCCGGACGCCAUUUGGAAUCAGGACGUUUUAGGGACUCAGGUCGGCAGUUUAGAUCAGGUGGGGAAUUUGAUUCAGGACGCCAUAUUGGAUCGGGACGCCAUUUUGAAACAGGACAUAGAUUAGGAUCUGGACGCCAGUUUGAUAGAUUAGGAUCUGGACAUUUAACAAGAGGAGAUGGUUUAUUUAGAAGAAUGGGAGAUCGAGAUUAUAGACCAAGUGUCUCAAGACAUAUUCCAAGAAGAUCAAUAAUUCGUGAUUCCUACUAGGUGUCAAGAAUUUCAGAUAAAAGAUGACCCCUUACUUAAAUUAAGUGAUGGUGCCAAAUUUAUUUGAUGUCUUUCAUUUCACUAUUAUCAUUAUUUAUAUGCAAUAUUAUCAUGUUCAAAUAAAUAUUUCGUUAAAUUUUA